AAUGUGGAAAAAAUGAAUAAAAUGGAUUUGCCAAUGACUAAUCUGCAGAGUAAAUACCCACAGUGGAUGCUUACACAAAGCCAAGAGGGAGCUGUGGGUGAUAAAAAGAAAUCCACUCUUCAGAGGAGUGUUUUGGAAGAUGGACUGCCCUUCCUGCAGUUCUGUGGCUCUGUUGUUUACAGCCAUGAAGCCAGUGACUGUUCCCUUAUCUCAGAAGACAUCAGACAGAGUUUAUCACCUGGGGCUGCUGUUGGGUUUGAUAUUGAAUGGCCACCAUCCUACACUAAAGGAAAAAUGGCAAAAGUAGCUGUAAUCCAGAUCUGUGUGACUGAGGAGAAGUGUUACUUGUUUCACAUCUCUUCCAUGGCAGGUUUUCCCAAGGGACUCAAAAGACUGCUGGAAGAUGAAACAAUUAAAAAGGUUGGCGUAGGAAUUGAGGGAGAUCAAUGGAAGCUGAUGAGUGACUUUGAAAUCAAACUGAAGAGCUUUGUGGAGCUGGCUGAUGUUGCUAAUGAGAAACUGAAGUGUAAGGAGAUCUGGAGCCUGAAUGGUCUGGUGAAACACCUCUUUGGCAAGCAGCUUUUGAAGGACAACUCAGUCCGUUGUAGUAACUGGGAACAGUUUCCACUCAACGAGGAGCAAAAACUGUAUGCAGCCACUGAUGCCUACGCUGGCUUCAUCAUUUAUCAAAAACUGAAAAAUAUGAGUAACACUGACCAGAAAUUGUCCUGUGUGAGAAGAGAUGACACAUUGUCAGAAGGUGUGAAGGAGCGCCUGACUUCCCUAGCUGAGGAGAUAACAGACCUGGCUUCUCACAUCCCUGACUCUUCUGGACAGCUUGCAGAUUUGCAGAGGGCUGCAGAAAUACUAGCUGCCAUAUCAGAGAAUGUAAAUGCCUUAAGAAGCACACUGUUUGGUUCAGGUUUCACUCCUGCGCUGGAGAGGAGCUGUGGCAGAACUCCAACAAAUCUUAAAGCAGAGUCAGCAAACACUGAGGCACAGAAAGCUGAAAUGCCUGAGUUUGCUAAAGAACUUGAAGGUGACUUCAACAUCUGCUCUGAUGCUACGCUAGCUGGCCUCUGGGAUGGAGAUGUUAAUGAAGAGGCAGAGAGGGGUAACACUGCUGUGGAAGACGGGGCUGCAGCAGCCAACUGGGAGUACAAAGCAGACAGAGAUGACUUCAUGUCACUAGACAUUACUGAGCAAGAGCUUCAGGUCUUGGAACAUCAGGCUGCAGAAGAAUUGGUCAGCGAAGCUGCGGCUGAGGAGUUGUGCUCCACUGACAAUGAACAAAAUAUUUCCUGUGUCAUUGAAAGUGAUGAAGAGCUGGAAAUGGAGAUGCUUAAAUCUUUAGAAGGUAUAGAUGAUUCUGGAGUUUCAACUGAGGGAGAGGCCAAUAAAGGCAGGAAAACUCCUGACACAGACUUGAACAUUGCACCAGAUGGUGAUGAAGAUGAAGACAUUGAGGAGGAGAAGGAGGAAUGUUGGGAUCCUUUGCUGCCUGUCCCUGGUGAAAGCCACAUCACAUGUCUGAAGACCUAUUUUGGGCAUUCUUCUUUUAAACCGGUCCAGUGGAAAGUGAUCAUUUCUGUUUUAGAAGACAGAAGAGAUAAUCUUGUUGUCAUGGCAACUGGCUAUGGCAAAAGCUUGUGCUACCAGUUUCCUCCUGUUUAUACUGGGAGUACAGGAAUUGUUAUCAGUCCUCUUAUCUCCUUGAUGGAGGACCAGGUGCUGCAGCUGACCAUGUCAGGGAUUCCAGCUUGCUUACUUGGUUCAGCUCAGUCAAAGAACAUCAAAGGCUGCAUCAAAGAGGGUCAGUACAGAGUCAUAUAUAUGACUCCAGAAUUUUGUUCAGGGAACUUACAAUUACUUCAGGUUCUUCACCAAACUGUUGGUAUUGCCCUCGUAGCUAUUGAUGAAGCUCACUGCAUUUCUGAGUGGGGCCAUGACUUCAGGAACUCCUAUAGGAGCUUGGGCUCGUUGAAGGGUGCUCUGCCAUUGGUUCCCAUUGUUGCAUUAACAGCAACUGCAAGUCCAUCAGUGAGAGAGGACAUAAUGAAAUGUCUGAACCUGAAGACCCCCCAGGUUACAUGUACUAGUUUUGACAGACCUAACUUGUACUUAGAAGUUGACCGACAAAGUGGAGAUAUCUGUAGGGAUUUGAAGAAGUUCCUUGUCAGGAAAGGAAGGAGUCUUGUGUAUGAGUUUGAAGGCCCCACCAUCAUCUACUGCCCUUCAAGAAAGGCCACUGAACGGGUUAUGUCUGAACUGCUUAAACUCAAUGUGGCCUGUGGUGCAUACCAUGCUGGUAUGGGACUCAAACAGAGGAGGGACACUCACCACAAGUUCGUGAGGGAUGAAAUUCAGUGUGUUGUGGCUACAGUGGCAUUUGGAAUGGGCAUCAAUAAAGCAGAUAUCCGGAUGGUUAUUCAUUACGGUGCCCCGAAGGAAAUGGAAUCCUAUUACCAAGAAAUCGGGAGAGCUGGUCGUGAUGGGCUUCCUGCUUCUUGUCACGUCUUGUGGACUGGGACAGACCUGACUUUCAACAGACGUCUUAUCACUGAGAUACGCAACAAAAACUUCCAAUUGUACAAGCUGAAGAUGUUGGAGAAAAUGGAGAAGUACCUCGUGUCCAACAGCUGCAGGAGGAAAAUAAUCCUGUCUCAUUUUGAAGACAAACAACUCCGAAAGGUUUCCUCUGGCAUCAUGGGCACGGAAGAAUGCUGUGAUAAUUGUGGGUCCAGAGCCUAUUGUGCAGUCCCCAGAGACUCAGAGGGUGGUUUGCAGGACUUUGGGAAGCAAGCACAGCAGCUGCUGUCUGCAGUGAUUGCCACAGAGGAGAAGUUUGGAACCAGACUUCCCAUUCUGUUCCUCCGAGGGUCUGCCUCUCAACGCUUGCCAAACAGAUACCGAAAGCACCCUCUCUUUGGUAGUGGAAAAGAGUGGCCUGAGAACUGGUGGAAGUUGCUCUGCCAACAGCUGAUACUGGAAGGAUUCCUCAAAGAAGUGUCUGGGCAGAAAGAGUUUACAACCACAUGCAUGCUUACCCUGAAGGGUAGAAAUUGGCUGAAAAAUGAAUCUCCCUCAAAUCCAAGUCUUCUACUACAGUCCAAUGAAGACCUUAAUCUGCACAGACCUUCUAGAAGCAGCAGACCUGUACCUCUCCUCUCAAUGCAGCACUCCCCGGAUGUGAAAGGAACAAAGCAGUCACCAGUCAAGCAGAUGUCUCUGUAUGAAAUGUUUUCAUAUGACAGAAAAGGUAAAAAUUCUCCAAGCAGCAGCAAUGUGCUUAACAGUUUUGCAGAGCGCUCACCACUGAGGAGAUCACCUUUGAAGCCCCCAGAACCUGCUUCAUCACGAGAAAAAGAACUAGAGACUGCUCUGUAUGGCAAGUUGCUGACUGCUAGACAGAAGGUAGCUAAUGAGAAGGUAAUUCCUCCAGCUGUCUUGGCAACCAAUAAGAUCCUGGUGGAGAUGGCCCGACUAAGGCCUACGACUGUGGAGAAUGUGAAGAGAAUUGAUGGUGUGUCUGAAGCAAAAUCUACCAUGUUGGUCCCUCUCCUGGCUGAAAUUAAGGACUUCUGCCAAGCAAAUGGCUUGCAGACUGAUGCCUUCCCCACAUCUGGAUUUAAAGGUCAGAAGGAAACAUCUUCAGGAGCCCUCUCUCCCUCAGAGCAUGUCACAUAUGUCCUGUUUCAUGAGAAAAAUCUCUCUGUGAGGACUAUAAGUGAGACCAGAUCUUUGCCUCUUUCUGAGGUUGGCACUCACCUGCUCCAGGCAAUGAAAGCUGGCUACCCUGUCAACCUGCAGCGAGCAGGAUUGACUCCUGAAGUUCAACAGGUCAUUGCUGAUGUUAUCCACAAUCCUCCCAUUAACUCAGACACCACCAAAAUUCAAGCAAUUAGAAAACUUGUUCCAGGAAAUAUCGAAACAUACCUCAUCAGCAUGACUGUGGCAUUGUUGGAGAAAAAGGGUAGAGAGAAAUCUCAGGAUGGCUCAAGUGUCAGAAGAAUGUUGGUGUGGUCAGAUGAGCAUCAGAAAAAAUCAGGAGCAGAUCAAGCAGGCAAGGAAGAUGCCUCAUGGAGUGAAAAACAGGGUAAUUUGAGCAAUCCAACGUUGAAGGAAGGAGCAGAGAAAACCCAUCUGCAAGUGGUGCCUUUGCCUUUGCCAGCUUCCUCAGUGUCACGUGGAAAGGCCUCCCAGAGCACAGAUGACAGCCAGGCAGGGAGCAGAGGGGCAGCAGGCCACCCAAGCCCCAUCGCCUUGGCCUGCUGGAAUCAGCCUGCCCUCGGUCGUCAUGAGGAGGAGCUGCUUGCUGACUCUCAGCCAAAGAGCAUACCUGCCCCUUUUAAGAGGAAGGUGCCAGAAUGGUUUAAAACCUCAGAACUAACAGUUCUACCUCUAACGCAGCCGAAGAAGUCCAAAACAGAGGCUAAAAGAGGGAUUUUUCGUUGA